AGAAAGGCUCGUCACCAGUCCUUUCUCUCAUCAAGAUUCGGAACCUUUUUCAGGCGUGACGUCUGGCGUAUGACUGCUGCGUCAGUCAAACCCUGAAGGUACGUGUCUGCUGCUAGUUUGCACACGGCGCAUCACAUCAUCCACCACCUUUCUCUCUAUACUAUAUAUCGGACUCUCCGUUCAUCAUGUCCUUUCCGCCACCUCCAGGUCUCAGACAAGCUCCGUCAUCUCUCCCUCCCCGGCCACCGGCAACAGCAAGCGCAGCCUCACCAUCUACCUUUCAACCUGCAUAUUCGGCGGCACCGUCAGGCGCAAACAGCAGCUAUGGCGGAAACGGGUCUCGACCGGGCUACAGCGCCAUCACAGCAUUCCAGCCUCGCUCAGUAGCUUCGAGUCAAUCUUACCGUACCAGCAGCCCCGUCGUGUCCGCUCCGCCCACUACAUCCAGCGGAUAUUCGACACCGACCACGGGCAGUUACGGUGGCUACUACCCUCAGGCGCAAGCUUCAUAUCAAAGCGGCCCUUCUUACUACGGGGCCGCUCAGUACAAUGAUAACACAUACGGUCCGUCUGUACCUCGGAUUCAAAACCCCUUCACGCCAGCAGGGGGGGAUCAGUCAGGCGCCUAUGGCAUGCGUGGGAGGAACUUUGGCCGGAAUGAAUCGGGGCUGGACCCUGAAACGGAAGCCCAGAUUGCACAGUGGCAGAGUGCCUAUGUAAACAAGGAGGAGAUGCCCGUAGCCGGCAAGGUUCCUGGUCGCCCAGGUGUUAACCCGGGUGUUGCUGGUCCCGCGUCUGGUGCCAACACCCCAUCCGGUUCCAAUACAGCGGCUAACACGCCAGCACCCACCGUGGGUAACCCGGAGCCUGCACCGAAGACUGUGGUUCGUGCCGGAGGUGGUCAGACCUGGUCCGAUUCGACCCUCCUCGAGUGGGAUCCCGCACACUUUCGCUUGUUUGUAGGCAACCUGGCUGGUGAAGUCACGGACGAUUCGCUACUCAAGGCAUUCUCCAAGUUCACCUCCGUUCAAAAGGCCCGAGUAAUCCGCGACAAACGUACCCAGAAAAGUAAGGGUUACGGAUUUGUCAGUUUCAGCGACGGCGACGACUAUUUCAAGGCCGCGAGAGAGAUGCAGGGCAAGUACAUUGGCUCGCAUCCGGUUCUGCUCCGACGAGCCACCACGGAAGUCCGUCCCGUGUCCAACACGAAAAAUGGGAAGAAGCAUGGUGGUGGCGGCGGUUCGGGUGGUGGCUCCGGCAGUGGUAAGGUCAAGCAUGAUGGCGUCAAAAAGCACGGAAAGACUAAGGGAGGACUCAAGAUUAUCGGAUGAAGGAG